AUGAAGUUACAAUCUAUGAUCUCUAAUGCCAGACAGCUACUAAAAUUACCAUCAAUUCAUAACAACAAUCAGCAAGCAGUUCCAAAAGGGCAUUUCACUAUCUACGUUGGAGAACAAGAAAAAAAGAGAUAUGUGGUGCCACUUUCUUACCUGAGCCAACCAGCAUUCCAAGAACUACUUAAAAGUGCCGAAGAGGAGUUUGGCUUUAAUCACCCCACAGGCGGUCUAAGCAUUCCUUGUGGAGAGGAAGCGUUCAACAAACUUACCUGUCAAUUCAGUUCCUGAGGAGAAAGAAAGAGUUAGGUUAUUUCUUAGAACAAUUUUGAAUUCAAAUUAUAUUGUUUCUCUCUUUUUGUUUAUCUUUUUUAGGUCUUUAUAGGCUGGCAUAGUAUAGAUGUGAUUAUAAGAUUUGCACUUUAACAGUGAAUGUCUACAAUUCUGUCAGCAUUUCAGCA